AUGGAUUUUUGUUUUUCUGGGGCUGAUGAGAACACUCAGACUAAUGGAGGAAAUGAACUUAUUUUUCCAGUUUAUCCAGUCCUUCCAUGCAGAGAUACAAUGCAGCACUCAAGAACAAAUUCCUGUGAUCUUCUUGCUCAGCUUCCUUCUACUCUGUCCUUAGACUCUGGUAUUUAUGCACAUCCAUUAAUAUCAAACCAGCCCAUUUGGUUGAACUCAUCUUCCAACAGAGAUUCGAGUGCCAUGGCAGAAAGAUGGGACCAGAGUUUUGGUUCCAAGUGCAGAGGGUUGAUUGAGCUGUUUGUCUCCAAAGAUGUCUCUGAAGACCAACAAUUGAUUGAUUAUAUCACAGCACAAUGCAACAUUUCACUGGAGCAAGACACCCUGCUUGGUGCUGGCUGCAAUACAAGCUUCCCUGUUAAUAUAAAUGACAUGAGCACUGAAAUACAACCACAGCCCUUUCCAGGCAAUGAGAAUGAAGGAAAUGAUCAUCUAAACAGUAAUCAUUUCCAGCAGUCGCCUGUUGUUUCCCCAGUGGAUCAUGAUUCGAAUCUGCCAUACGACAUAUCAGUUGAUCGAAUCCUUCUCUGCAGCACUUCUCCAAUGAAUGUCCUGCAACAUGUCACUUACAACUCAGAGAACAGCAUGAAGAAUGUCCUUGUUUUUGUUAGAAUUGAUAAUGCCCUUGUAUUUGAUAGAGAUAAAGGAUGGGAUUCAUUGCUUAGUACCAACAGAUGGCAAGACCCUCGAGGUCGAUGA